AUGCCUACAACCGUCAUCCGCACCCGGACGACGACCCAGACGAGCGCGGCGGCCCCUGCCGAGCGCUUUCCAGGCCAAGGCAACACGCUCCGCGCGCCCAUGCACGCCCCCGCCCCUCAGUACUACGCCCAGUACUACCAAUACCCGCACCAACAGUACCAGCAAUACCAGCCGCAACAGCCCGAGCGGCGUCACGAGCCAGAAGCGUACCGCUCCACCCACUCGCACUCCAACCCCAAUCCUCGUGCGUCCCGCCACGCGACGCCCCCGCCGGCAUUCGCGCCCGGGCUCGCUCCCCCUCCAUCCGUCCGCUCUCGCCGCGAACGCGACCGCGACCGCGACCGCGACCGCGACCGCGAACGGGACAGAUACGACAGCUACGGCCGCAGCGCCCGCGCGCCUCCCCCAGCCUCGCUCCCACCGCCACCUCCGUCCCAAGCCCAAGCCCAGUUCCGCCCAGAGCACCUCACGAACAGCGCCCACACACACCGCCGGCGCGAGUCCCAGCCUCAGCUCGCACCCCUGCAGCCGCCACUCGCUCGCCCGACGCCCGCACACGCACCCGGAUCCCAACAACCGCAACCGCAGCCCCAAUUUCAACCCCACUCCCAGUCCCACUCUCCACCGCGCUUCCCCGGCCACGGCCAGACCUUGGGCGGGGGCGGCGCGAUCGGCAGCGGGCGGUACCGCGAGUCCGUGCGCCCCGCCCCCGCCCCAGCACCCGCGCAGGCGCGGUACGAGUCGCAGGCGGACCGCGCGGAGCGGAUGAAGCAGCGGGACAAGGAGCGCGAGCGCGAGAUCGCGCGGGAGAAGGCGCUGGAGCGCGAGCGCGAGGAGCUCCGGCGGCGCGACCGGGAGAGGGAGAGGGAGAGGGCCUCGAGGGAGCAGCAGCAACAGCAACAACAGCAGAGGGAGAGGCAUGUGCGCCCACACCACAGGCCACCGGUGACGCAACACAGCCAGAUCCGCGACCGCAGCGCCCCGCGCCCGUCGACGCCCGCGCCGCGCUGGAUGUCGAACGCGGGCCCGUACCCUGCGCCCGGGGCGGCGGCGGCGGCCCCGAUUUCCGUCGGAGGGAGCGGCAGGCGGCACGGAUGA